GCCCCCUUCAACAUCCACCAAUCUUGAAUUCUCACAACCCGUCGCAACCUGCCAAGAUGACCACCGCCCAUCGUCCCACCUUCGAUCCGGCCAGAGGCAAAGAAGCCCUCCGCGGCCCGGCCUACCACCAACGCCUCCUCCCAGCGCACACCCAACUGAAGUUCCGCCAAGCAGGCCAGGGCGGCAACGCGGACGAAGAAUCCCACGACCUCAGAGCCGAGCUCCUCGCCGCCGAGGCCGCCCACUUCGCCAAGAAGAACGGCGGCGCGCCUCCCCCGUCCGCGGACGACGAUGCCGACGCGCCAUCGGGCGGCGUGAAGCGUGCCCUCGAGGCCGGGUCGCAAGCAGACGCAGAAGAGGACUUUGAAGCGAAGCGGAGGAGGAUAUUAGAGGAGUCGCGGGAUGUUGACGCAUCUUCAGACGAGGAAGGCGACGAAGAGGACGAUGACGACGACGACGAUAGCGAUGAGGACAGCGACGACGAGGAGGCGGAGCUGCAGCGCGAGAUGGAGAAGAUUCGACGCGAGAGGGCGGAGAAGAGGGAGAAGGAAGAGAAGGAGAGGGCCAAGAUCGAGGAGGAGGCGCGGGAGAGGGACAUUGCGCUGGGUAAUCCGCUGUUGAAUAAGCCUGAUUUCAACAUGAAGAGGCGGUGGGACGACGAUGUCGUUUUUAAGAACCAGGCGAGGGGAACGGAGGAGAAGGGCAAGGGCAAGGAGUUUGUCAACGAUCUCCUGCGCUCCGACUUCCACAAGCGGUUCAUGAGCAAGUAUGUUAGAUAGAUACCCACCGCCGACUACAGUGGCAAAUGCGAGUCUUUUUCUUCUACCCUUUUAAUCGUUGGAACCGGUUACGAUACGCUACGAAGGCAAUGAACCGGACGGUGCUCGAGUUGCCUGACGAGGCCCAUUGAGUCCAUCCUUGGCCCCAGUAUGGACUGGACGCGACAGAGGUUGCUCAUUCAUAAGCGUCCAGCCGAGAAAUUCCGUGUCGCCUCGUCAGGUAUGUCACACAGCAUCGACCACCGGAGACAC